UAAAAAAAAAAAACAAACAAACAAACAAAAACUUCAACUAUGAACAUAGUAACUACAUGACCUCUAAGAGGGCUAUUUCUUUAAGAACCGACACAAUCAUUAAAAUAAUGUGAUGCUAUAUUGCGCCCUCACACGUCGUCCUUUGUUCUAUCGGCAAAUAACAAAGCAGUGAUUGACUCGCCACUCAAAAUAACGCCAUAUUCAUGACCGCUGAAUGUCCAUGUCAACAUUCAUUUCGGAAAAUCGUGCCACUGUUUCCCUGUUUCUUGGAUCUUCUGGCCUUUGGCGAUGUUACUGGCAUUUUUAAAUUUAAAAGCACUUCUACUUGCUUUCACAGAGAACCUCACAUCGAACUAUAACCUUCUUUACUCGUAACAAAGAUCUUUAAAUCUUAAGGGACUGAAUGAAAUCGCAGUAAGUACGGUAAAUCUUUAUGGUAAUUUUCCGCCAUGGUAUAUUUCAUUAGAUCUAAAUUUUCACUGCAGUGUAGGCAUUCUAUUAAGGCAUUUCUCGAGUUCGGCUGGUUCUUUCAUUUUCCGUUUAGACGGUCGAAUUGAGUGUCUUGAAUCUCAUUUUAAGCAGUGCGGUAAAUCUGUGUUUAUAAUAUUCAAGCACCAAGCCGGUAUUGUCCGACGUUCACAAACACUAUUAUUAUUGGAAAAUCUUUCGCCAACGGUAAAUUUACAGGCAUUAGACAAUUCAGCCUUGUAAGGACUAUGUAGCUGAAUCAAAAUUCGUUCCCCAUAUACUCACACGAAAACUUUAACUUAAUCUCCUCAACUUCUGACUUGGCAUCGCUUCAUCGGUGAUUUAAAUUAUGUAUGAACAUUAUUUGUAAUUUUAGCUGUGUUAUCAUACGAUCUCAAUAAUCUGCUUAUUUUUUUCCCAAAGCAAGACGGGACUAGAAGUAAAUUGAUAUACGUUUGUGACCGGUGACGCACGAAACUUCAGUUUUACAAUGUUAAAUGAAUUAAUGAGAUAAACAUAUAUAACCCAACAUAACAACAACAAAAUACACUUAAAUUAAUGAACGUAGCUAGUCGGUUCACGGUUUGGUCCACUAAAGAUUCUUUCGGCAAACGAAGGAAAUCACUUUGGCUGUCAAAUAUCAAGUCUUUCUGUGCCUUCUUAGUUUGUGCUGUCAUGACAUUUUUGUUUGUUUCAAAUAUUAUGACUGGAGGACUGGAUGAUGAAACACGGCUUUUGCUUCAUCAGAUUAUCCAGGGCAAUAUUACAAAAAGUAAGAAUAGAUCUUUCAGCGAGGAAAAGUCCCUGCGCCUCAUUUCUCAUAAUUUAUGGUGUGACUUUUUGAAGCCUCAUGUGAUGUGGGACGUCUCCGAAAGGAUUGAAGGUCUUGCAGAAGGCAUUAAAGAUUUUGACGUUGCACUCAUUCAGGAGGCUUACAUCUUGAAUACAGGAGUGGCUGUUGUCUCAAAAUGUGCAUCACUUCUGGUUAAAGCAAUGGAAAAGCGUGGAUUUCAUUACAGGACAUCAAUUGCAGAUUUUUCAGCGCCUUAUUUCGGACAAAGUGGUGGUAUUGUCAUAUUUAGUCGGAUCCAGCUCAUAAACACAUUUUCAACUCGUUACCGUCACUAUUCGGUUCCCCAAGUGGCAGACUUUAGGGGAUUUGUCAUAGGCGAGUUUUUAUUCCAACAUCAGCGUCUCUAUGUCAUCAAUACCCACUUAGAUCCUCACGGAGUUGAUGCCAGAGUCUUACAAGCGAAGGAAAUCGCCGAGGCCGUCCAAAACCUCAGUACAGGCUCACACAUCGUUGUGGCUGGAGACUUCAAUAUUGACAACCAUCACGCCACUACUAGUAACAGUAGUGAGGAGUAUAAAAAGCUCCUAGAAACCAUGCGCGUGGUUGGCCUACAGUCUGUAUUUCAAGACAGAAUGGAAACUAGCAUUGAACACGGAAACUUUGAUGCAAUUUUCACCAGCUCCAAUGUCGCAGUAGUGAAGAAAGAAAUUAUAAAACUUAGGACGAAAAGAAACUCGUCGGUUUCUGAUCAUUUUGGACUUGCGGUGGAAUUAAAACUUUUAUGAAAAGUU